AUGCAUUUCCACCAGAAGUUUCGCAAGCUGAAUUUUAUGACACUGCUGUUAAGGGUUGAUGUAGUUGAUGGAUUGUUUAAGGGCUACAAUGUGACAAUAUUAGCUUAUGGUCAGACUGGCUCCGGAAAAACUCAUUCCAUGGGCAUGGCUUAUUCAGUUGGACCAGUCGAGGAGAUGGGUGUUAUACCAAGAGCAGUAUCAUUUAUGGAAUUAUAUCAAGAACAAUUAUUUGAUCUUUUAUCAAAAUCAAAUAGAGAUCAAAGUAUAGUUGAUAUCAGAGAAGAUCAACAAAAAAGAAUUGUAAUUCCUGGAUUAACCGAAAUUGAAGUACGUAAUGCAAAAGAUACAUUAGAUUGUUUAGUUAGAGGAUAUCGUCGCAGAGCUGUAGGUGCAACUGCAAUGAACAGUCAAUCCAGUAGAAGUCAUGCAAUAUUCACUAUCCAUAUACAACAGCGAAAAAUCAGCGAUAACUACAAGGAUCUAAUGCCUGUGAUAGCAAUUCUGUUGGCUCGCUUCAAAACCAAUGUCAAUUGUAUUAUUCAUUUGAUCAGAAUACCUCAAUAUUUUGACUUCGAAAAUACAAGCGAGAUGGAAGAUCUG